CAGCUGGUGUGUUCAUUGGUUCGAUGUUUUUAUAAAUUUUAAUUUCCGAAACAAAAAACCGGAUCCAAAAAAGAUUUCAACAAGGAUCUAUUUCAGAUGGAAAAAUGCUGAUAACAUUGGCUACCAGAAUAUUACAUCAUCGAUAUUAUAAAGUUUUAUAUUCAAAAUCGAUUGCCGAUUAUUUGAUCUUAUCGAUCAAACACGAUGGCCAAUAUAAUGCACAACAAUAUCGAUGUUUAGCAUCAUCAUUUUUUCGAAAUCCAACAAAAAUUGAAUCAUAUUUUAGUGCGAUAGGAGGCGAAUCGGAUGAUCCACCACCAGAUCUAACCCCCGAGCAAGUUACAGCCAUAUUACGAACGAAUGAAUCGUUGGUCCUGAACAAUGCUAUUGCAGCUGAAAACAUUCGAUUUUUGGAGAAUUUUCUUGAUGUUCUGGAAUCGAAAAAAUUUGCCAAAAAUAAAAAAUUCGAAGCCAUUCGAAGAAAACAACGACGAAUCAUAUCUUCGGAAAAUCAACCACAACCAAAAAAAUUAUAUUCAUUAAUUGAUCAUCCAUGGAUUUCACAGAUUGAAUCAAAUCAAUUGGCCUCGAAUCAUCCAAUCGAAGAUCGAUUACGUGUUUCGACCAUAAAUUUAGAUGAUGAUGAAGAUAAUCGUGCAACUAUAUUCGGUGUUUUUGAUGGUCAUGGUGGUGGAUUCUGUGCCGAUGUCAUUGCUCGACGUUUGUUUCAUUAUAUUGCAAUUGGAUUGAAAGCCAAACACAUCAAUUCAACGCAAUCAAAAGAAAUGGCUACAAUCGAUACGAAUAACAUUGCCAAAAUAGUUUCCGAUCAUUCAUUAUCACCUUCAAAUUUUUAUCAUAAUAUUCAUUCAAUAUAUGAAGCUGAAGUUGCACGAAGAUUACAAUCUAGAAUUGAAGAAUUUGAAAAAGAUGCUUUGCAAAAAUUUGCUAUCGAAGAAUUGGAAGAUAAUUCUCCGGUAUCAACAGAUGAUACAAUCAAAUCAAUUUUAGAAAGAGCUUUUAUACGCUGUGAUCAAGAUCUUAGUCAUGAAAUUGAAACAAAUUUAACUAAUACUACAUCAAAUCUAUUGUUACAUUAUUAUCAUUCACUUUCUGUUUCGGGUUCUUGUGCUUCAGUAGCUCUAGUCAUUGGUAAUAAACUUUAUAUUGCUUCAACUGGUGAUUGUCGUGCUGUAAUGGGUUUGCUUCGUGUAGAUGAUCAACACCAACAACAACAUAAUAAUCAAUCAACAACAAAACAACGAUUAUCAUCAUUGGAAAAGAAACAAAAACUUCGUGUUAUUGAAUUAUCACGUGAACAUAAUUCAGAUAAUGUUAAUGAAUUAAAUAGAAUAUAUUCUGAACAUCCAAAAGAAGAACAUAAUUAUAUUAUACGUGAACAUCGUUUAUUAGGACAGUUAAUGCCAUUACGUGCAUUUGGUGAUUUUUCAUUUAAAUGGUCAGUUGAUAAAAUGAAACAAUUAGGUUUAACACGUGCAUUUGGUAGUCAUAUUAUACCUACAUUUUAUCGUACACCACCAUAUCUAAUUGUUCAACCUGAAAUAACAAUGUUUGAUUUAGAACAAGACGGUGAUAUGUGGUUAGAUCGUUUUGUUAUAAUAGCAACUGAUGGCCUUUGGGAACAAUUUGAAUCAUCACGUAAAGUUGUUAAAGCUGUUAAUCGUUACCGGCAAAAUCUUGGCCAACAAAUUAUGGCAUAUAGAUCUGCACAAGUGUUUGAAAUUGAAUCAAAAAAUAAUAAUGAUGAUCAAUCAUCAUCAUCAUUAACACUACAGGAGAUUGUUGAUCGUCUAAGUAAACAGGUAAAAAAUGGCCCCAUUACAACGUUCAAACGUGUUACAGCCGAUGAUGAUCUUAUUGAAGAUAUAAAUUGUGGUACAUUUUUAUUACGAACUGCUUUAAGUGAAAUUUCUGUUAAUGAACCAAUAGUACCACGACCGAAUAUUGGUAGAAUUUCUGAAUCUGAUCCAUUAUUAAUGGAACAAGAAGAAGAACGUGAAAAAUUUUCACAUCAUGUUGAUCAAAUUGAACAACAAAAACGACGACAUCAAAAAUUAGUUUCAUAUUUAACAUUACCAAAAUCGGUUGUACGUAAUUUUCGUGAUGAUAUAUCAUUGAUUGUAAUCGGUCUUAAAUGCAAAAAGUGAUGAUUUUCCUUCUUUUCAUAUGUGUAAAAAGUUGUUGUUGUUGUUGCAAUGUUUUAAAUGAUUU